AUGCGUCAAAGGGUUAUCCUCCUGUUCAUACCGGCCUUGUGCUUCUUGCUGAUCGCAACGAGCCUCUAUCUGGGCCGCGAGCACCUCACUCGGCUAUCGAAUCUUUAUUUGCCAAUACAGCAUUCGACAGACUCGGCUGAAGCUCAAUCUUCAGAAUCAUCUUCGUCUUCAUACUCUACGACGACGACACGCCCAUAUUACAUCUCGAUUAUACCUGAUCCCCCAACCUCAACAUCAAUUUCUGUCGCGACCUCCACCUCAUCCACUUCAUCUUUCUCGACUCCCACACCGACCCUGGUCGCUACCAAGACAGGCUCUAACAACACAAUCGCGACACCUCUCUCUUCCGAACCCCCAAAAUCUUCCGUAAAAAAUGGAGCCAUCCUCUCCGCCAAGCGCAUAAGACCGUACAUCAACGCGAUUCUCGACCCCGCUUCCAAAGAGCUCCCGCGCCUCGAAUGUCCCGCCUUGGACACUGAGCGAUACGCCAGCCUUCUGAAGAAACAAGACGAGCGGGAUGACAAGCCGCACAUUGACUACUUCUUCACCCUUAAUUUGCGCAAUGUCGUAGACUUGCUCCCCCGCCUGUUGGGCAGUGUGGUGGAGGCUAUGCGCUUCCUCGGACCAGAGCGCUGCGCCUUGUCCAUCGUCGAGGGUAACUCGCCUGACGGCACAGCCGAUGUCCUUGUUGCACUGCGACCAUUCCUCGAGGAAAUUGGUGUCACCUACUUCUACAACAACUCGGCCAUCAAUCCCUCCAACGGCGCGCGCAUCCGAAAGCUGGCGCAGCUGCGCAACCUGGCCCUCCAGCCUCUCUUCAAGAAAAAGGCCCCAGUGUCCGAUGAGACGACGGUUCUCUUCAUCAACGAUGUCGCCGCUUGCACCGAAGACCUUCUCGAGCUUGCGUUUCAGCGCAAGAACCUCAACGCCGACAUGACGUGCGCCAUGGAUUGGACCUACGCAUCUGAUGAUCCUACCUUCUACGACGUAUGGGUCGCACGUGGGAUAGACGGCGACCUCUUUUUCAACAUCACCUCAGAGGGCAGAUGGGAUUUUGCGCAGAACCUCUUCUUUAGCGACCCCAAGACCAAGAGCCGCUACGAGGCCGCUCUCCCCUUCCAGGUUUUUGCCUGCUGGAACGGCGCGACCGUUUUCUCAGCUGCGCCGUUGCUCAACGGCCUGCGCUUCCGCGACUCGCGAAAGGACGAGUGCUUCCAGGGCGAACCGCAGCUCUUCUGCAAGGACCUGUGGUUCAAGGGCUACCGCAAGAUCGCCGCCAUCCCGAGCGUCAACCUCGAGUACUCGGACAAGAACGCCGGGAGGCUCAAGGAGCUCAAGGGCUAUACGAGCCAGGUGGUGGCAGAGGAGGACGAAGCGAGUGUUCGGAUCGAGUGGCAAUACGAGCCGCCCCAAAAGGUCAAGUGCAUGCCCGAGUUUCACAGGCAAAGCUGGCUGCCGUGGGAUGAGCACCUGCGUUAA